AUGUGGCAACAUACGCUGCUUCUAGCAUUGGUCCUGACGGGCCUCUCGGUGGAAGAAAUUCUGCCAGAAGAUGAAACACAGGAAAACCUACUGACGGUGGUUCCGUGCGUCCAGCGUCUCUGCGAAAAGUACUUCCGAUCGGAAAGAGCCCUGAAGGGAUCGCUGGCGAUCAUCAACAUCAAACCGGAUACGUCGUUGUUUCAGUUGAACAUCCUGAAAUCGUUCAAUCACGAUCCACGGCACGAAAUGGGUGUGAUGGUGAAGGAUGGCCGUAAGAAGCAUUGGAAUGCUUCGCACGUAACGGAAAAGGCCAAAAAUUAUUUACUGUUAAUAGGCGACUCAUCCGAACUGGAUGCACCGAUCAAUCAACUGCGACGGUUACCCACUUGGAACCCUCUGGCUCAGGUGGUCGUGUUGUUCACGUCGGAGAUGACUCCGCUGGUGUUCGAGAUAGAAGUCCGAAAUGCUUUGCAGAAACUGUUCGAAAAUUCGGUACUGAACGUGAAUGUCAUGGUACAACGGUACAAUACGAGUGUGCUGGAGGUGUGGACUUGGUUUCCGUACGAAAACGGUGAAUGUGCCGAUAACAUUGCCAAAAUUCGACUGAUUGAUGAGUGUGAGUAUGCCGAGGUACCGAUCGAAGAUCAAAGUGAAACGGAAAACGAAACAAAAGUUUUACCGGACGAACUGGAAACGCUGUGGACGUUUCGUGAAAAGCAUUUCUUUUCCGAUUUUGGACCGAAAAUUCCUAAAGAUUAUAACUACUGCCCACUGAUGAUCAGCACCGUUGUCUGGGAACCGUUUGUGGUUGGUAACGAAUCGAUAAUUGAGAAAGGCUUGGAGGUGCUGAUGAUCGAGGCCAUCACUGCUCGUAUGAAGCUCACGCCCGUUUACAAAGUCAUCGAUCCGGUGAGGGCUACUGCUCGAAUUACCGCCGACAAUCAGACGGGAUUCUACGCGGAUUUGAUACAGAGGCGAACAGAUGUGAUGAUUGGGGGUCUCUACGAGAAUCCGAUCAGUAGAAAGUUGCUGUCCUCGUCGAUACCGUACUAUCAGGACGAGCUGACCUGGUGUGUUCCGACUGCACGACAUGCCCCAAAAUGGCUGAACGUUUUUAUCAUCUUCAACAUUUGGACCUGGCUUGCUGCAAUUUUUAUCGUUUUUGUUGGAGCCGCAGUCAUCUAUUACUUCAACCGUAUCGAAAAGAAGUAUCCCGAUAACUACACCUGGAUGGCAUUACAGUCACUGGCGUUGUCCUUGAGUGUCUACGCUCACUAUUGGCCCAGUAAAUUCUCCACUCGGUGCUUUCUGAUUGGGUACAUGAUCUACGGGCUGCAUUGGAAUGCGGCAUAUCACAGCUUCCUGAUAUCGGUGCUUACUCGACCGCGUUUCGAAACACAGAUUGGUUCGGUUGAUGAUGCCAUCGCAAAUGGAUUUCAGUUCGUCGGAGCGGAAAAUUCGAUGGUACACUUUGACAAACCGGACUCUAGCUCGAAACAUAUUGCUUCGGUUUAUAAAGUUUGUCAGAACAUGGAUGACUGCUUAGCGCAGCUACACUCGGAGCGACUGCUCGCCGUUGCAAUCUCGAGAGCUCACUCGCAAAAUAGUAAGAGUAUCGGAGAGGCCGAAAUUUUCUGCUUCGACAGGACCAACAACAUCCAGACAUACUCCGUGGGAAUGAUGGUGAAGAAGGACUUUCAUUUGCUGCCCAAAAUCAAUGAUCUAAUCCGCAGAAUAAGCGAGUCCGGUCUGCUGGGAAAGUGGCAAGUGGAAAGCAAUAAAAUAAGGAUCGACGAAGAUUUGGAUGACUCGGAUGGUGGAGCCGCCGGUUCUGCUGAAGGCGGCGGUCACGGAGGAGAUGGUCAAAUUGUGCUUAAGCUGGACCAUAUUGAAGGGGCAUUUAUUUUGCUAUUUGUCGGAUUGGCGCUGUCGGUGGUUGCGUUUAUCGGAGAGGUGCUGUAUUUUAGACUGAAGAAGAACUAUCAGCUGAAUGAUGACAGUUUUAGCAGGUUGUUCUGUUAG